AGCGCGGGCACGCGUGCGCAGUGCGCGGGCGGGCCGUCGUGGGCGCCGCUCCCGGCAGCUCGGUGCCUGUGGGACCAGGGGCCGCGGCGGCGCCGGUGCUCCCGAGCGAGGGCCGCCUGUAAUGUUCAAGCCCAGAAAUGCCUUAUGUGGAUCGUCAGAAUCGCAUUUGUGGUUUUCUAGACAUUGAAGAAAAUGAAAACAGUGGGAAAUUUCUUCGGAGGUACUUCAUACUGGAUACCAGAGAAGAUAGUUUUGUAUGGUACAUGGAUAAUCCACAGAACCUGCCUUCUGGAUCAUCACGUGUUGGAGCCAUUAAACUUACCUACAUUUCAAAGGUUAGCGAUGCAACUAAGCUAAGGCCAAAGGCUGAGUUCUGUUUUGUUAUGAAUGCAGGGAUGAGGAAAUAUUUCCUACAAGCCAAUGAUCAGCAGGACCUAGUAGAAUGGGUAAAUGUGUUGAACAAAGCUAUAAAAAUUACAGUACCAAAGCAGUCAGACUCACAACCUCAUUCUGAUAACCCAAGUCGCCAAGGUGAAUGUGGGAAGAAGCAAGUAUCUUACAGAACUGACAUUGUUGGUGGUGUGCCCAUCAUUACCCCAACUCAGAAAGAAGAAGUAAAUGAAUGUGGUGAAAGUAUUGACAGAAAUAAUUUGAAGCGGUCACAAAGCCAUCUUCCUUACUUUACUCCUAAACCGUCUUCGGAUAGUGCAGUUAUCAAAGCUGGAUAUUGUGUAAAACAAGGAGCAGUGAUGAAAAACUGGAAGAGAAGAUAUUUUCAAUUGGAUGAAAACACAAUAGGCUACUUCAAAUCUGAACUGGAAAAGGAACCUCUCCGUGUAAUACCACUUAAAGAGGUUCAUAAAGUCCAGGAAUGUAAGCAGAGUGACAUAAUGAUGAGAGACAACCUCUUUGAAAUUGUAACAUCGUCUCGAACUUUCUAUGUGCAGGCUGAUAGCCCUGAAGAGAUGCACAGUUGGAUUAAAGCAGUCUCUGGUGCCAUUGUAGCACAGCGGGGACCUGGCAGAUCAGCGUCUUCUGAGCAUUCCCGCUGUCCUUCCGAACCCAAACACGCUCUCCUCUCUGCCGGUGCCACAGCAGCCACCCCGCGAUCCACAGCCUCUCGCAGCGACUCUCUGGUCUCAAGCUUUUCCGUGGAGAAGCGAGGAUUUUACGAAUCUCUUGCCAAGGUCAAGCCAGGGAACUUCAAGGUCCAGACUGUCUCUCCAAGAGAACCAGCUACCAAAGUGACUGAACAAGCUCUGCUAAAACCUCAAAGUGAAAAUGGCCCUCAGGAACAAGAUUGUGACCCCGUGGACUUGGAUGACGCAAGCCUUCCAGUCAGCGAUGUGUGAGAUGGAAGCACGUGGAGCCUGACCCGCCUCAUCCGCCCUCAGUGUCCUUUCAAGAGGCUUCUUGCCAAAGAUGAUAAAGGGGAAAGGGGCUUUAAUGCAUAUAGUGUACUGCCUCAUCGAUGUUCUCUUUACAAGCUGGUAAGCCAAGAAGCUAGGGUGUGGCCAAACUCAAUGCAAUUUCUUUAAAAAAAAAAAAAAAGAAAAAGAAAAAAGCCCUAAGUAUCUCAGUAUCAACUGUCUGAAGCUUUGUUCUCAUUGGGAUGAUAAAAGUGUGUGUGAUAUUUUUUCAAAGUGAAUUUGACAAUUUAAAUGUUUCACAAUUUAAAACAUGAAAAAUGCUUAUUACUUAUUUUGGUUGUUUUAAAAAUGCUACUGUGACUUCCAAUUAAGUGUUCAAUCUCUACACAUUCUUACCGGUUAAUAUUAUUGAAUGAAAUAUUGCCAGACAAAAGUAUCUAAACUCAUGACGUCUGUGGUGCUGUAAAAUUUAUAGUGCAGUGUGGACAGUUUUGAAAUGAUAGCCAUUUUUGAUGCUCUG